CCUCCCCGGAGGCGGAAACCGGGGCCGGUCUCCAGCAGCGCCCGGCCGCCGCCGUGCCGCCGAUCCCGGCUGCCAUUUUAAGGUGAACAAAGAGGCGGAGGUGCGGGCAGCCAGAUCUGCUUACGGAGGAACCCUCGGGGUUAGCACCAGCCUUGGGUUCUCCACCGCCGCCACCAUGUUCAGCAAGAAGUCCUACGACGGCCCCCCCGCGGGCUACGGCCCCCCCACGGGCUACGGUCCGCCCACGGGCGAUUAUGGCUACGACUACGGUGCCCGCUCGCCCCCACCGGGCUCCUACUACAUCGAGGACGUGCCGCAGCACUUCUACAAGUGGACCUCGCCGCCCGGCGUGGUGAGGAUCCUGGAGGCCAUAGUCAUCCUCCUCUGCAUCGCCAUCUUCGCCUGCGUGGCCUCCACCCUGGCCUGGGAGUACGGCUACGGCUUUGGGGGGGUUUAUGGCAACGGGCUGGGGGGCUACUACGGCUCCGGCUACUACGGCAGCGGGCUGAACUACGGCUACGGUUAUGGGGGCUACUAUGGUGGGGUCACCAACCCACGGGCGGCCAACGGCUUCAUGAUCGCCGUAGCCGUGCUCUGCUUCCUGGCCCAGCUGGGGCUCUUCGUUGCCAGCGUCAGCAAAUCGAGCGGCUCUCGCUCCCGUCGCUUCUACCUGGUGGUCAUCGUGGUCUGCGCCGUGCUGGCCUUCAUCAUGCUCAUCGCCUCCAUCGUCUACAUCGUGGGCGUCAACCCCCAGGCGCAGAUGACCGGCAGCUACUACUACAACCCCUUGCUGACCAUGUGCAGCCAGAUAUACAGCAGCAACAACUACCUGAACCAGUACCUCUACCACUACUGCACCGUGGACCCCCAGGAGGCCGUGGCCAUCGUCUGCGGGUUCCUCAUCGUCAUUCUGCUCUGCCUCAUCUGCUUCUUCGCUCACAAGACGCGGAGCAAAAUCUGGAAGUAUGGGAAACCAAACAUCUACUGGGACAAGGUGCCGGUGGUCCAGGAGGGGCCCAACGUGGAGGAGUGGGUGAAGAACGUGGCGGAUGGGGCCAGCAUGCAGGACGAGACGGCCACGCUCGCCUACUCGGAGAAGCCGACGAGCCCCAUCGCUGCGCCGCCCUACAGCCCACCCUCCUACAGCUACCCCCCCCAGAACGGGUACUACCCCUCGGGGACCUACAGCAGCCGGGGUGACCAGCCGGAUCGGGUGGUCAGCCCCAGCCCGGCGGAGGAGAAGGCGCGGGAGCAGCCCACCAAGCCCCCCGCUCGCCGCGGCCGCCGGCGCCGGCGCAACCCCGAGCUGGACGAGUCGCAGUACGAGACCGACUACACCACGGCCGUGGAGUCCGGCGAUGAGCGGGACCAGGACCAGUGGGCCAGCCUCUACCCCCCCAUCACCUCGGACGGCACCCGCCAGAAGUACAAGCAGGAGUUCGACACGGACCUGAAGCGCUACAAGCAGCUCUGCGCCGAGAUGGACGGCGUCAACGACCGCCUCAACCAGCUCAGCAAACAGCUCGACAGCAUCUCCGAGGACAGUCCCAAGUACCAGGACGUCGCAGAAGAGUACAACAGGCUGAAGGAUCUAAAGCGGAGCCCCAACUACCAGACGAAGAAGCUGGAGACCAAAACCCUGCGCAACAAACUCUUCCACAUCAAGCGGAUGGUGAGCGACUACGACAAGGUGCGGGGGUAGCCGGUGCCCACCCCCCCCUCCAUGGCAAGAUGGGCACGAGGGGCUCCCCGCUCCUCAUCCACCCCUGCAAAGACUUUGGUGCGUUUUGUACCUUUGUUUGUAUAAAAAAAACCCCAAACCCAAGAUUCAAAGCCACCCCGUGAUGUCGGUGCCAAGGGUGUGGGGCCGGAGGGGGCUGCUGGAGCGAGGCCCCCCCUGUGCUUUCCUAUCCCGCAUCCCCUCCCGCUGCUGUAAAUAUAUUUGGGGAGAGUCCACAGCCCCCGGCUGACCCUGCCGGCCCUGAGUUUGGGGUACCAAACCGUGGCUGCAGCCCCGUGCUGGCAGGGAUGUGCUGCCCGGGCUGGACGGGGCAGAGCAUCCCUUGGCCGGACAGAGCCCUACAUCCCCCCAGGGCUGCCCCUGGGGGAGCAGCCCUGGGCAGGGGCGAUAUUUUUUAAGGAACUGGCUGAAACUGUGUAAUUUUUUUUUUUUUUUU